AUGGCGGAGCACGUGACGCCAGUGGCGUAUGAGGGCCGCGACGACGCAACGGAUGAGACCACUACAUCUUCGCGUGGAGUGGGAAUACCAUUCACUCUGUGUCCGCUGUCGAAUCUGGGCAACACGUGCUACUUCAACGCCGGUGCGCAGCUACUUGCCAACUGCACGCCGUUCAUCUACAGUCUGUGCAACUCCCCAUUCCGUCACACCAAUUUCCGAAACCGCACAUUGCGGCUGCGCCGCUCCGGGGUGAACGCCUCACAGGAAUUGUUUCAAGCCUUUUCGAAACUUAUGUACGAUAUGGGGUACGCAUCACUGCAGCAAGGUGAGGCCCUUUCACCGCUGCGGGCACUCGAAUGCCUGGCGGCUGUGCACCCCGCCUUUGAGGGGCGUGGUCAGCAGGACUGUCCAGAGAUGGUAAAUGUCGUCAUCACCAGCCUGGCGGAGGAGAGUAGACAUGAGGUUGAUUUAGAGCCGCUCCUGCGCUCAUUUAAUGAGGACGCGGCAGUAGUAACAACAGGAGAAGAGGGUAUUGACUGUUCGGAGCAGGCCAAGAGAGUCGGUGGGAAGAAGCCUUUUACACUAAAGAGUCUGCCGCAAUGUGGUGCCGACGCCCCCGGGAACGAGGGCAACGAAUUCUCCCCAUCGUCCUCCAAGCAGACCUCCGUUCUGUCGCUGUCGCAUCCCGGGAGCUGGUGGAACUUCAACGUACUGAACCUUAUGCACACAGUAAACAAAGACAAUGAACUUCUCGAGCGCCAGGAAAAGGCACGGAAGGAGGAGGUGUACCAGAACACGUUUUGCCCACCGAAACUCUACUUCAACAGUGUGACGGAUUGUUUCACUGGGUAUAUGAUGUCUGAGGUGCAGUGCCACGCAUGUGGCAAGACCUCGCGUAUCGUUGAAGAAUUCUCGUCCCUUGCUGUUAACAUUCCAUCAGACAAGCAGCGGAUGCGGUACGCCCGGCUCCACCCCGAGGUGCAUCGCGUGGCUACCGACGGGAGCUCGCUCCACCAAAAGCGCAGUGGGCAGUUUCAAUGGUGGAACCCGUUUGUGUGGAUUAGCGCCGCGGCACAUUGGAUCUUCAACGUACUGACGGGUUUCUCGAAUUGCGUGGAUUACCCCAUCACGCUGCAGGAGUGCCUUGACAUUCACUUUGAACGUGUCUUGUUAAAGGGGAGCAACGAGUACCGCUGCUCUUCCUGCGACUGCUCCUCAGAGGCCACAAAGAGGGAGUCGUUGCUGUUGCUGCCGGAUUACCUGCUGCUUCAGAUGAAGCGGUUUAAUUACGGUCAGUGCUUCAACACAAAGAAGACAGACCCCGUAAUCUUUCCAGUCUCGUGGGACACAGGAGACACCAGCGGCGCGGAAGUGCUGCGGCUUGGCGAUUACCUUCACGAAAGCGUCGUCACACCCGAUGUCCCAACAUCGCCGUCAUCGUUUAAGUCGGACGGUGCAAAUGUGGUGAAGGUGUCAACGACAGCAGCGGUUCCCGCAUACGUUGAGAGGACUUGUAGCCCUUACAGCGAGGGGCAGCACGCCAUGAUGCCGCCCCCCAUCCACACCUACACAUUAGAAGCUGUCGUGAACCACCACGGCUCUAUCGGGGGCGGGCACUACACCACCUUUGCACGAAAAAAGGCGGGUCAGCAAGACAUUUGGAUGUUCCUCAACGACGAGACAAUAUCUGCUGCCCAGCUGAGCGAUGUGGCGGACUCGGAGGAGUACCUUUUGUUGUACAAGAAACAGUCCGUCGAGCCUCGAUCGGAUGCCUUUAUGAGUCUUCGCAAGAAGGCGCGGUCGCUGCUAGCAAUUCCGCCGCCGGAAGAUUCACAAGCGGGGAGAUAUAGAAUCCCUCAUAGAAACGACGAGGAGUGUGCGAAGAACGGCACGACUGUCUACAUUUCCCGGCCGUGGCUGCAGCGACUGGCAUUCAUGGAGGAGCCGGGGCCGAUCCUCAACCGCCUUUGCUACUGCACCGAUGAGAGGAAGCGUCGUGAGUCGCGAUUAAGGCAGAAGCAGCAGCACGGGCAGAGGCAGGAGCGCACCUCCCCUGAGGGGACACCAGACCACGUGCACGGGCCGCCGGUUGAAUGGUUCUACGUCCCGCUGCUGCCUCACGAGUACGAGGCGUUUUAUGACAUGUAUGGCGGUAACACCGCUGUAACACAAGAGGAGUAUACGAGACUGCGGCAGGAUCAGCUCAGGUCUUUGUAA